UUCGCAUACGAUAAAGUAAUAAGAGCAGCUUACAGCACUCGUCUAAACGUUUAAAAAAUUGUUCCCGCGAACCGGAUUCGAACCAGUGACCUAAGGAUAGCUAUUAUCAUCUACAGUCCUCCGCUCUACCAACUGAGCUAUCGCGGGUUGCUCCUACACUUAACAUGUUUCACUUAUUUUGGCCUUUAGAUUUAGACUAGAUCUAGUUACAAGCUCUUCAUUUUAGAAGUACUGAACUUCAAAAAAAUAAGUAUGGAACAUAAUCAGCACAGUAAUACUAAUGGUAAUUGCAAUACUAACAAAGACUGUAAAGAAAGUAGAUCAAAAUCUAUAUUAUCUAGCCAAGAAAAUGAAAAAAACCUGUCGUAUUUAAUACUAUCUUAUCUAGAUGAAGUUGAAGAUAGGAUACAAGCCCUCAUGCGAAACGCACAAAAUCUUUCCCACGAAAGAGAGAGCUUACUUACAGUACUUUCGCAUUUACAAGAAGAAAAUAAUCAAAUAAUAAUUAGAUCUAGAGAUAGAUCUAGUUCUAACAGUGGUGAGGAAUCAUCUACAGAAGGAGAACAUCAAGAAAUCUGCUCCACCAUUGAGAGGCUCAAGAAAAGAUGCAAAAGCGUAGAAAUAAAAAUUCAUACAAUUAGAAGUGCAGAACAGGAAAGUGCUUAUAAGACAGUCAACUCUUUAGUCAAAGAUCUGGAGCAGAUAUGUUUGCAGAAUGAAAGUGAUGAUCAAACUUACAGCCAAUUAGCUCAAAGUUAUUUGAAUGCAUGUGUGUCUGACUUGAGUAGUACUGGCCCAAUUGAUUACAAAUUUCAAGGUAUGAUUUUAGGCUGCAGACUGGAAGAUCAGAAGCAAGUAAGACAACGGCUUGAAUGUUUAGUCAAUGGGAAAUGCCAUGUCAGUCAAAUUGAAGAGGAAUUCACGGCAUCAGCUCAAAAUGUUGAACAAAGUGAAUGUUUAUCUAAAAGUGCUUGUUCUUCAGAAAAAAUAUAAUAUUCAUAUAUAGUAUAUUUGAUAUGGUAAGCAUAUAUGUACAGUAUAGGAGCUUGGUUGUUUCUUGAAAUGUGCUAACUAAAAUUGUAAGCUGUCUGUAUGAGAAAGCCAAACCAACCCUUAGACUACAGAUAGAAAUAACACGGUUUUGUUUUAGCACUUUAAGCCUGCUAAUUUAAACUUCCAUUUUUAUACGAUGUCAAAUCAAAAAUAAUUCUUCGUUGCUUAAGCAGUGCUUUAAAUGUAAGUUUAAUAUAUUCCUACCUGGAUUUAUAAAUAGGCCUACUGUUUUUAUUCAUCAAAUAAAAAUGUAAAAAAGGUGAAAAAUUUGUGA